GUGUAUUUUGGGGUCACCUUUCAAGCCAAGAUCCAUCAACAAGCAUGGCGAUGCCCCGGGAAUGGAAGAAGUCGUCCCGCGACAAGUUCCGGCUGUCCAUACACCGCAAUGGAGACGUUGCAGUGAAUGCGACACCGUUGACGAGUGACGUCGACGGCGGUGACGUGUCUGACGAAGAGCUAUCCACUUCCAAGUUGCGGAAGCGACAGCAAUGUGCCAUCGACCUCAAAGACGUAUCGGCAGAAAUGUGGUUGAUCACUAAGUUGGCGAUGCAAUUGCUCUGGGCAUUCAGAGUCUCGUCCAAGUGGAUCAUCAUGCUGCUCCGGCUGCUGAUGUUUGUGCUCUUCCUGCUCCCAGCGUUCCUCCGCGUGUUCUACUUUUGGCUAUGCAGUCCGCGAGUCCUCAAGAACAUUCGGUACGGCCCGCGCGGCCGAAACCUCCUCGACAUCUACCUCGUGCCCCACCCUCGUAAAAAGCAACCGGUGGUCGUGUUCCUCAGCGGCGGCGCGUGGAUCAUCGGGUACAAAGCGUGGGGCGCGCUCAUGGGUCGCGUCUUGUCGGCAUAUGGCAUCCUGGUCGUCAUGCCCGACUACCGCAACUUUCCCCAGGGUCUCCUCCCCGACAUGAUGCAAGAUGUCAACGUCGCGAUGCAGUGGGUGUUCGACAACGUGCAUACGUUUGGCGGGGAUCCCAACAACGUGACAUGGAUUGGGCAGUCCGCUGGCGCGCACAUCGGCGCGUGCGUACUGAUCGAAGCGGUGGAGAACCCAUCGUUCGCUGCAUGGCAGCCAUCGCGUUUGCGCAACUUCAUCGGCAUCUCCGGACCGUACAACAUCCACGAGUCGAUGGAAGUGUUCCACGCGCACGGGUUGGACCGACAAGUGUUUGCCGCCAUCAUGGACCACAACGUGUUGAAGUAUUCGCCCACAGAUCGCAUGACGAAGUACACUCCCUCCUUUCCCCGCCGCAAUCCCUACUAAACAUGCAUGUACAUGUGUAGUUUGCCCAAAGCGACAGCGGCGUUGUUUCCGUCGAUGCAUCUCUUCCACGGCACGGCGGACCGCACGGUGCCAUGGACGUCAAGCCAGUCGUUCGUCGAUGCCCUCGUCGGGGUUGGCAUCGACGCGCACAUCAAGUUUUACACGGGAAAGACGCACACCGACCCGAUCAUUGAGGUCGGCAUCGUCACUUGGACUUCGAUCGAUUGAUGUGGUGGCUAUAGGAUCCGAUUCAAGGCGACGACCCGCUCCUUAGCGACAUCCUCGCGAUCAUCCGGCGGUCCAGUCCCGCCGAGAGCCCCCAGCCACGGCCCGACCAUCUCCAGUUCCGACCGCCAGGCGCGAUGUUGCCCGCAAUGUUGGUGCAUGCAGCGCGCCGAGUAAAUCCGUUUUAAAAGAUGGCGAUCUUUCUGCUGUGUUUUUCGAACGUCCUGUAACUGCUAAAUGGCUACUAUACAUAAG